AUGGCGACAGUAACCAAGUUUUCGUCGACCAUGAAUUUCCGGAGGCGCAAGGAGAUGCGUGAGCGCGACGCGGAGAAAUUCGCGGUACUGCAGGCUUCCAAAACACGGGAGGACACGCUAAAUUAAGAGGCGUAUCAACUAUUCAUCUUUCCCUAACAGAGCACUGACAGGGGAGGAUUCCCACGCUGAGUGUGUGUGUAAUACGACCGAGUCCUCCUGGGUAGAAUUUGGACAAUAGGUGCUUCUAGGAAAUGAUGAACCAUUUAUUUUCGAUAGCACUAAUGAAAGGCGCUCAAUGCGUUUGACCUUCGGGUUGAGGAGAUCGAGCGGGAAAAUGAGCUUGCUAAGAUGAGUGGGCUCUCGAACAUUAUGACGGAAUUGUCGAUAAUUUCUAUCCACGAUGGAGCGAUCGACAUCAAGGUGACUGCUACACUACUACACUAGUCAGUAGAUUCGGCGUGGCAAAUAGCGACUGAUAUUGAUAUUGAAUACAGUUUUUUUCUAUUAUACCUAGGUUAUGUUGCAUGUUCUUUUAUGGGAGGUCUUCAACGCCGUUCAGCCUGUGGAAUUAAUUUCUAAAACCAAAAGUGGCAAACAGAUUGCACAGAAAGAGGAAGAAAAGCCUAAACCGCGACGUGGUAUCAUCCCUGCGGGCGACAAUAGCGGCAAUGACGCGAAGAAAGGAGACCCCAGAGCUGAGGAGAUGCACAAGCUCAGCCUCUACAAGCCACACGUACGCUCGUUACUCGAAUUUUUUUUAAUGCUCUAUGUUAACACCCGUCGUGCUUUUUCUAUGAAGGAUUCCGAGAGAUAAUUUGUUUACUACGAUGAAUUGGAAUCUCCGUGAUCAACAAAUACAACAGAUCGCGGAAGAGUCGUUUCGACAUGAUUAUGGAGAUGCGAGUCGACAAUUGAUAGCUGUGAACGCCUUGCAGCGUCAGCACCGGUCGGGAGAACCAGUGAUCAGCAAUGGCCGCUUCCUGACCAACUUCCCUUGCGGAGCGCAGCCAACUUGGAAUUUGAUGUUAAGGACACGAACUUCAGUGUUAGUCAUAGCAUCAGAAAGGAUAUAACUUCUCAACAUUUCGGAGGUGCGGUUGAUGUAUGAGUCCUUGUACCUAGUACUUUUUAUCAGUGAGGAACGGGAAUUGCAAUUUUUGAUCUAGACGCUCUAGUGCACACACGGAACAACAUCAACUCCGGCUUCGCUAAUCACCGAGCCAAUUUACCUGCGACCGACGGUUGCGUGCCAGAGACCCGUGCCGCAUGAGGUCAUCGAGCAUCAGCCUAUGAUGAGGCCAAUCAGUUUCAGCGAGCGGGAACGCGAGAACGAAGUGGCUUUGCGAGAGCUUUUCGAGAAGAAUAAAGUUAGUGGGCUCAAGGGUAAGCGUCAUUGAUUUCUUUAAUGUGCUCUCAGUCUCAGAUCAAUGAAACUGAAUAACUUACAACGUUUCGCAUACUGAUCAUGAUACAGUAAAAAAACGAAAGAAGUGCGUGGCUUCAGGUAUAGCUGUGCGGAUAGACCUAAUCUGUUCCUCUCCUACAACAGGUAUGACCAACGCUUACGGCAUCCAGUACUCGUUCACGUAUCAGACGUUGAACCGACAGCGAAUAAUGCAAGCGAUUGAAGCGCAGAGGUGCUAUGAUGGAAGACGUGGGUACAACUUCAAGGAUAUGAGUGCUGCCCACUUCGAGUGGCUCGAAAAGAAUGCUAGCUUCCGCGAGGCCAACGAGGUGUGGCUAGACCGCAAUAAGAGCACGUGGAGCGACUUUCAAAAGAAAGUGUGGGAGAUUUUGGGUACAGCGACUUUCGGUAGGAUCGCGAUCGUUGUGUUAUUUGUAGAAGAAAGGAGUACUACUUUGUAGUUCCUCAUCACAAAAACAAAGAGAAAGGUCAACAAUGACAUGUAGAUAACUCUGUGUCACCCAGAAUCCACAUUGCCGCACAGUUCUAAAGGCGGAGAUCUGCAUAGCAUGACGAGCAUUGGCAUCAUUCCAGCUGGUUCAGUCUCUUCUAUGGAUUGCAACCUUCCUAAUUUGGUGCUAGAUUAAAUAUCUACCAAGUUUGAGCCGGCAGCCCAGAGACAGAUUCUCCGUGGGGUGUCGGUAUAGGACGGAGAAACAAAAAGUUGAAGGUUUGUGCUCCUUCGAUUUAUGAUUAACUAGGCACUCUUGAUCCACCACAUUUGAUUUAGGGAUUGGAAUUUCACAGCUACUCUCUUUCUUCAUCCGUGAGUCCAUUUCCACUCUCCCAAUCCAAACUCUCACCUCAUCCUCAGCCAUCCUGCAUCGCGAUUAUUUCAAGUCGGAGAAGAAGAAUUUGCGCAUGUUCUUUCUGCAGAGAGGAAAGGAGUCGGAUGUGAAACAUCAUGUUGUUCCUUAUGCACCUGAAAACGGCUACGUUUUGGACGGUCCACGAAUGCUCGCCAAUCUCGAAUUGUGGGGCGUCGUCAACACGAAAAACCGACCGACACUCACAGAGGAUGAAAUGUAUAACUACAACUCCUUCUACAACGAGCAUUGAAGAUUCGAAAGAACUUUCUUGAGAGGAAGAACCAUGAUGAAUUCUGUAGCAUACUGUCAGUUCCGGAUCAUCUCUUUUUUGACCUUUUCUCGUGUCUUUUUUUUCUUAUCAGGUACGGUUUCCUGCAGCUCGUCGGAGAGCACUACGACGGCGCCGUUUCCUACGAGGCUAUGCGAAAAGUGAUGGGGAAGGUGCGUUGUUUGUAUCCGAGCCACGAGCGUGCGAAGCUGCGCUCUCUGAACGCACAGCUAAUGAUGAUGAAAGAGCGCGGCAAAGCUUUGGAAGGAUGCGCUGUGAGCAACUAUGUGGCAUCCCGAUUCCGCCGUUCGCGUUUUGUAGCGGAAUGCGGCGCGCCUGGCAUGCCGACUAACGAAAUGGAGGCCACAGGCAUGACCACGACCGAGCGCCCGUCAUCUGCAUGAGUGGCUCUUCCUGGCUGGAACAGAAAAUGUUGAAGAACAUCUACAGUCCCUAUCACUGAGCAGACGUGUUCAAGAAAUAGUAGUAGAGCAAAAACAUCAGAUGGACAAGGACAUACAACAGAUUUAUUAGUUUGAAGAAAAAGUAAGCACAGCAAGUAGUUAUGUCAUAAUCGCAAAACCACGGAGCUCUUGAAAUACUCACAGAAUGAAAAUGUAUAAUAUGAGAAUGUUUUGGACUAGAGCUAGCCUACUAUGGGAUUCCUAGAAUAUAUUAUAUGUAUCUACGUAAAAGUCACACUUUCUUCGAAACUGUAUGUAAAAAUCGGAUUUGAAAUCGAGAAAAAACGGUUCAGAAUACAAGUAAGUAACACACGAUACCGAUAGUCGCAGAAAAUGCGUAAGUUUUGGCAGUUCUAUCUCUUCGGGUAAUAUGCAUGCAUUGUAUUUACAUUGUUGGGUGGUAGAAGCAAGUGAAGAUCGCAAUGAAUUGGAAUUGUACACGUCGCACGAAAACACGCAUUUUACUGUAAACAAGUGUUGGGUCGCCAGUUUUAAGAAUUGUUACGCAAAACAGACUUAUCGAAUUCGAAUAGAAUGAAACUAAUAAGAAAAUGAACAGAUGAAAUCGUCAAUCCAGAACCGAAUAUUUUCGCAGCAUUCGAGAAACUGAAACCCUUCAGCAAUGUCACUGAGUGUACAUCAAAUCGCAACGCAUGAAAAAGUAGGUCCGUGUAACUCGGCAGAG